AUCUUACAUUAUUAAAUAACGAUUUAUUUACAGUACUAUACAAAAACGAGCAUUUUUGGGAUCUCGUAUUAGGUAAAUAUGCAUUAAAUACUAUCAAUACAGAAACACAUACAUUAUCUUAUAUCGCUAGUAUUACACAUAUUCGAUCAAUUCGUUAGCCAUAAUUUAUUAGUCUAUUUUAGAUCUUUGUAGUCCUUUGAUUAAUAUCAUAUUUAACAAGCAAGUAUUUAUUUUUAGAUUUUUCAGUGAAUGUGCCAAAGAAGACUAUUAUGUUUCUAGUAAAUAUGAAAGAAAGAAUUCCCGUUUUUUGUGUAUAUAUUGCUAUGUUGUAUACAUAUAUUCGUAUAUGUACAGAUUAAUAUUUUGGACGGACGAUAGAUUAUACUACAGCAAUGUUUAUUUCAUAUUUAUUGUCUAUUAUAUUUUGUUUAUUCAACAAAUAUUUGUGAGAUAAAAUGUUCGAAAUAACUUUUGAUUUACAUAAUAAUUAUCGUAGCAAUAUUAUAACAACAAACAGAAAUAAUACUUUCAUUCAGGAUUAACAUAAUUUUUAAAAAAGAACUUGUUUCUGAAUGCCAAUACAAAAAUCUUUUAUAUAUACGGAGAAAAAAAUGUACCUGUCUUUUUCGAGAAUUCCAUUUAGAUACAAAAGUUUCACUUUGUCGAAAUGACUAGUUUUAUUUGAUCAUACGUUCUUUACAUUUAAAAAAUCAAUAUAAUGUGCUCGAGUGUUUCUAUAUGAAUUUAAUUAUUUAAAAUGAACAUAAAGCGUUCUUGCAAUAUCAAUGUGCACAUAAAAUAUGCUGUUGAGCCAAUGGAAAUGCAAUUACUGUUUGUGCUUCGUUUGCAGAAUCAUCUACAUGCCAUUCCAGCAUACAACGAAAAUAUAGAAUCUAAUGGAAUGUUUUAUAAUAUAUGCAUUUACAUAUUAUCUUUAAUUAUUUACUUGAUAAUCGUAUUUUUUAUAACGUCUCAAUCAAUUAUUUUAUUUUACAGUAAACGAAAAAAAAAUGAACGGCUGAGAAAUUUUUUAAUUUCUUAUAGUUCGUUACAGUAAAUGAUAAUACACAUUUAUCGAAUAUUGAAAAUAUUAAUGAAUAACGAGAAUGUAUGUAUAAAUGAAAUACAUGCGAAAUGUAUGCAUCGUACGUGUUAUGCAUGCAUCUUUAUAUUAAACAAUUUACGAAUUAAAAUUUUCUCAUGAUUUUUUUCUUACGAAUUUAAAACAUCGGCAAUAAAAAUAAUUUCUUUGUGUAAUUAUACGACAUGUUUAUAUUAUUAUUUUAUAUCAAUCUUUCGAUAAUUUCACGAAGAAGUUAUUUUGUUAUUAAUAUUAAUCAUAAACAUAUGGCAAUAUACAUACAUGUGAGUAUUUCCAGAAUCGAUAAAUUCAAUAAUUACAUUUGUAAUAUGCGAUCUUCUAUAAUUCUACGAAAUAUACGAUCGUAUUUAAUUUGAACAUACUGUAUGAUAACGAGUUAUGCAAUGUAUUUAUAAUGUAAUAUUUGUAUAAAUAAAAUAUCACUGAUUCCUCAUAUUAAUAAUAAUGAUCCCUUCGAUUAUAUUAACUUCGUAUAAUAAUGCUAAUAAAUCAUAGCAUAGAAUUUUUAUCAUCGCAAAUUUAUUUUAUUGAAUUUGGUCCGUGCUAUAGAAUAGUCGCUGUCUUUUUUUUUCCUCCUACGUUGCAGCCUUCUUAAACGCACGUCCUAUAAUUUCGAGAUUGCUCAAUAACACAGAAAUACUUGAAGAUAUAAAAAUAUUACAAGAAGAAAGAAAUCUUUUAAAUUCACAAUACACAUAUCAAUCAAUUUACAUCGUUUGAAAGAAAUAAUUAAUCUGUUACCCGAUAAUCUCAAUGCAACGCAAAUCUCAUUAUCGUGUCGGUGUAUCAUUAAAAUACAUCUAAACACGUAGAUAUAGGUCCUUGGCGCCGGAAAAAAGAAGAAAAGAAAAGGAAAAAAAAAGAAAAAGUAAAGAAAAGAAAAGAAAAGAAAAGAAAAGAAGACGAAGAGAAGAAUGUAUUCUGCAAAGGUGAUUACAUCGCAUCGCGGUUAUGUAAUAGUGACGGCUACUGAAAGACUUUCGCAGGAGACCGCCAAAAAUGUCCUGGCUGCUGGGAGGUUCCGCGCGCAAAACCGCACGUAGAGAAGAGGAGGCAUUACUGGUAGCUGAGGUGGUAACGGUGAUGUUGUUGGUGGUAGUGGUGGUGGUGAUGAUGUUGGUGGUGUGCUGCCGCUGGAGAUGAUGAUGAUGAUGAUGAUGAUGAUGAUGAUGAUGAUGAUGAUGGUAGUGGUGGUGGUGGUGGUGAUGAUGGUGGUGGUAGUGGUGGUGGUGGUAAUAGUAGUGGUAGUGGUACUAGUACAUCGCGAUGGCGGUGGUAGAAGAACAUGACUGCUGGAUCGUGACCCAGCGGAGCGGGGCGAAGAAAGGAGUUAGAGAGAGAAACUGAGAGAGAAAGAGAAUUAAACGAAAGAGCUUCAAACUGGAGAGACAAAGAAAGAAAGAGAAAGAGAGAAAGAAAGAGAGAAAGAGAUGACAGGAAAGCGCAAUGGUUUGUGCGGGUGGAAGAGGAGAGAAAGAGGAGGACAAGGUGGAGGUGGUCUAUCGGUGGUGGUAGUGGUAGUGGUGGUGGUGGUGGUGGUGAUGGUGGUGGUGGUGGAGGUAGUGGUGGAGGUGUUGGUGGAGGUGGUAAUGGUGAGGAGGAGGUAGGAGAUGCAGCCUCCGCCAGUAUCCACGUGUUCAGUGUAGUAGCGCGUUAUGACCCGGAUGUUAGAUCGUAGCUGCAGUUUCGCGAGAACCUGCCGACCCGGAUGUCCCGCUCGACGUCUACCGCUGAUCAACAGCUAAUGUCCUCCUGGCCACCAAAAUAUGUUCAAUCGGUAAGUCCGAUAUUGGUAUCGUGCUGUUUACUUUUCACUCUAGAGUCUUUCAUCAUCGAUAUAGUCGGGAAAUUCACGAUCUAAGAAUUUCGAUGGUAGACGAGGAGGGGGGGAGGAUAUAGAUCUUUCUGUCGUUUCUCAGGAUCUAUUCACUUUUUUAUAAUAGUAUUUACUUUUCACGAUAUUGAUAACGAAGGGUAGUUUAAAGAAUAACUUUUUCGCGGGAAUCUUUCUUUCUAGAUCUUUCCAUUUCGAAAUGGUAGAUACAAGUUGACAAUAAAAAAGGAAGCGACAACCGACGGAUAAUCGUUCGAUAAGUAGAAUUCUUAACUCUUAUGUCUGUCCUUACUCACUUAGUAUCACUUGGUCGAGGCGAGCGUAGAUAUUCCUGAGUAAUUUCGCUCGCGAUUGUGCGAGUUAGAAUUUUCGUCGUAUACGCCGUUACUCGUGGUUAAAGGAAAUUCGAGAUUGAGAAAUUUUCGAGUAAGAGAUAUAAAAAAAAAAAGAAAAAAGCAUGAAAAGAAAAAUAAAAAAGAAAAAUAAAAAAGAAAAAUAAGAAAAAUAAUACAAAAGAAAAAUGGAAGAACGUUACUCGAUGGGCGCGAAAAUGCGAACGCGGCAAUCGCGAUGGAACGUAUGUUUAGUGGUAACGCAUCGGUGUGUGCUUGAAGGAUAGAUGCGAGCAAAUCGACGAAAGGCGCCAGCAAACUACGAAGGGACCUGAUAAAUGCCGAAAUCGCGAAUUUACGUGAUCUACUCCCGCUACCGCCCUCGACACGGCAGAGACUUUCUCAGUUGCAACUUAUGGCCUUGGUCUGCGUCUUUCUGCGAAAAGCCAACUACUUUCAACAAGGUGUUUGGGGACGAACAUAUGCAUAACCAUGUAUGAAAGACGAGGGGUCGCAAGGGAGGAAGGGAGGUUACUCUGUAGACGGACCAAAAAUACCGGACGUAGCGUAUUUCGCUUACGCCCUGAAGAAUUGCCCGUCAGAAUCAUCGAACAUGCCAACGCCGAACAUUGGAUUCUCGAAAUGCAUACAAUUCUUUCAGGCUAUGUCCGGAUUUAUCAUGAUGAUGACGCAACAAGGAAAAUUAUUGUACAUAUCGGAAAACGCUGCGGAAUACCUCGGGCAUUCGAUGGAGGAUCUGCUAAUUCAUGGGGAUAGUGUUUACGACGUGAUAGAUAAACAGGACCAUAUCGUAGUUCAAAAUCAAUUGGCAAGAAACAGUCCGGCACCGAACGAUAGAAGGCUCUUCCUUUGUCGGAUCAAUGUAUCAAGAAAUUCUCGGAGACAGCUUCGUUUCGGUGAUCAAAAGGUCGUUCUCGUGGAGGGUCAUUUUUUACCUUUCGUUCCUGUUUGUAAUCGUAAUGAAUUCGUUUUUCUGGCAUCUUGUACACCGGUAGUCUUACCAGAAACUCGAGAAAGUAUCGUUCAAGGGGCCACAAAUAUCUUCACUACGAUUCACUCUAUGGAUAUGAAGUACCUGCACAUUGACAAAACGGCGGAAAGUCAUAUGGAGUAUAAUCGUUCGGAGCUCGUUGGUGUUUCGUGGUACAAUCUCUUACAUUGGGAUUCGAUACGAACGGCUUAUUGCAAACACCAAACAGGUAAAAUUCUUUCGAAUUCUGUUAAAUAUAUCUUCUCUUUCGUUAUUUAUAGAACCCGUGCGAAUCUUCGAUAUCUUUUAGUUAUACAAUCCGAUCAAGAACGAUCGAGUACGGCAUUGUUGAGGCUACAAAGUCGUUCCGGAAGGUGGUUUUGGGUUCAUUGCGUUCUCCAAGUUAAGGAAACGUCGGAAGAGUGUCAGCAUCCUAUAAUCGUGUGCACCAAUCAAGUAUUAAGCGAUCGAGAGGCUGAAGUGAUGCGAUCAAGUUCAUGGUUGUAUCAAUAUUCUUCUCAAGCUAAAUUUACCUACGGUAUAUGUUCAACCGGUCAGACACGCGGGGUGCAAUAUACCGUCGGAACACAAGGUAGUGGAUCGCAGCAACAACAGGAGUAUGUACGUUCGUCGUCAUUGGGACACGGUAGCGACGCCGAGCAGUCCCCGUCGAUUUGCAAUUUGGAUCAAGAAUCUCAUAGAUCCACUAAGACGGAACCUGUCGAUUAUCCAACCAGAUUGCCUUGGGACGAUGUCGAACCGGUCGACAUGUCCAUCGGUAGUGCCCAAGAACACGAUAACAGAAGUCUUCAAUUUCAUUCUCAACAUGGCAAUCAUCAUCACGGGCUUGGACAAUUCUCCGGUAGAUACCAUAAGUCCCAUCAAAAAAGUACUUUGCAUUUGGCGGGAUACAGAGCGAAGUUUGUGCAGUAUCACGGGCAGUUUAGCAGCGGCACGGACACUCCGAAAUAUUACAUCACCGAUCUGGACAAGGAAUACGGAUGUACCGAUCAGCGGAGUACCGUCCACAAACGACUCCCUACGAAAGUUUUACCAGCAUCGAUAACCGUUGGCUCGACCGCCGAGCCAGUCGAGUCCUCGACGGAACAUUGGAGUUCCAGUCCGGCAUGGUCAGACGCAUUGCAGAGGGUCCCGGACGUGGUUCAUCAGGAGCUAAGUCCAUAUAUCACGACACCGACGACUCCUGCGGACACACCAGAUUCCGACUUACAUUCCGAGGCACCGAUAUUCAAUUUCGACUGGGCCGGAGAACAACACGUGCCGAAUCUGAAGAUAACAUUCCGUAGUUCGAAUCACGAACCGAAAGAUGUUCAGGACGUUCAGCCUAUUACUCUACAACUACCCCGUAGAAAGGGCCAUUCCGGUGACGAGUCGAAGGAUUUCGCCAAGUGAAUGUCCUUUUCUUUUUAGUUAGACCAAUCUCUCUUUAAUUUAACGACUUUCACGCGGCUGAUAUUCUCCGACGGCCAUUUAUAUAAUCUUUUUCUAAUACGAUUGUAGUUUAUAAAUUUAACGGUGCUGUGGAUGGCCGAGUAUAUUUUUGUUUACUCGUUGUCAGCGAUUAAUCUAAUCGGUGAAGUAUUGAUCUGUGCCUUUUAGAUUUUAAUGGUAUAGUUCUCUUAAUAACCGGACCACCACCUUUCGGCUUGCUUACGAUUCUUAAACGAAUUGCACGUGCAAGCGAAGGACAUGUCCAACUUAGGGCUCAUUUUUAAGUAGGAAUAUUGGUAGUUAUACGCGUUCAGAAGGAAGCGUGCAUUUCACCAUGCACAUGUAAGUAAAGUAUAUUAAUGCGAUAAUGCGAAGAAACUUAGAUUUUUGCGUGAGAAGGGUGCACGAUCGAUUAACGAUUAGAGGGACAACAUUUUUGUAGGUAUCGAAAUGAAAGGAGGGGAUAAUAAGAUCGAAAUGACAAUAAAAAUCAAUGUAUCGUUGCAUAGUUACCUUAUCACGAAAAAUAUGACGACGAUGACGACGACGACGACGACGACGACGACGACGACGACGACCAUGACGACAAUACUACUACUACUAUUACUACUAUUACUAUUACUACUCUACUACUGCUACUACUACACUACUACUUCUACUACUGCUACUACUACACUACUACUUCUACUACUACUACUACUACUACUACUACUACUACUACUACUACUACUACUACUACUACUACUACUACUACUACUACUACUACUACUACUACUACUACUA